AAAUUUAGAAAACUUAUGGCUAAGUAUGUCCCUGAUGAGCUCGAGACCAAACUCGAGCAAGACGCCAGGAAGAAAUUCAACUUUGAAAUCCAACCUGUAUGGGAAGAAGGCAAAGCAUAUGAAGAGACCAAGACUGAGUCCUUAAUUCAUGCUACCUUUGGGAAUGCAUCUGCAUUUUUCGAAAUUUUAACCGAAGGAGAAGUAGACCAUGUUGUAGAUUAUGUCAAAGUUAAGCAACCUGAUGAGGAAGAAGAGAAGAAAGAAACAAAGUCUAAAGAAGAUGUCCUUGUUAAGGUCUAUAAAAGUACGAAAGCUGAUUCUUUCUUUAUCAUCCCUGAAGAUGAUAUUAGUGACAAGUAUGCUAAAGUCAUCAGCAGAAUCAUCCUAAGCUGGCUGAAGCCAGCAAGGAUCUUUUUGUUUGACUCAAUGUACAAGACUGCUUAUGCAAGCUUUGAUUACAUUGGUGAUGCCAAUAUUCUUAAGUUUGCAAAAACAUCGACUGUUACUGAUGAUCUCAGUAAGCAUGGAGCCGAGCCAAUUGAGGUUACCAAUGGAAUCAGUGGACUGAACGGAUCUUUAUUGACUCAUUCUGAAAUUCAUAGAAUUCCUUGUCUAUACCUUGUAUCUAUCAUUGACUCUUAUGAAUACACUCUAGAGACAUUUGGCAGUUAUAAAGGAGCUCUCUCUUUGGUUCCAGCAGUAAAAUCACAUAUCUCUAAGAUCUCUGACUUAGCCAAAAGGUCUUCGUACAAGCCAACAUUGAAGAAAUACAAUCAAAAGAAGCAUAAUAUCUAUAAUUAG